AUGAGAGGAUUCCAUGUCUCGGCCGGUCCCAAGGGAGCUGCCAAAAAUGUCGGCGCCAUGAUGAUGAGUGAUAAUUCAACGGCGGAUGAAGAGCGUCAAGCGCGACCAGACGGCGCGGAUACGCUAUGUAUAUCUGCUUGUUCGCUUCGAGGAAUGCAAGAAUGCGAAUGCGACGCAGAAGAGGAUAAUUAUUGUUAUCUUUGUUGCGGAAAUUCUGAACAUCAAUGUAUGGCAGCCCAUCAUUAUAAUAUUCUUAGACCAAACGGGGAGCGAUGGGAGCGAGAAGCGUGCUCAAGAUGUAGAAUGCAUGGAGCGGAACUUGAAGGGCUACCCUGUGAUGAUACCGAUUCCGCUAGACUUUGCAUUAGUGGGAGGUGUUCAAACUCAGUAUGUCAUACUAAGCUACCAGGAUCAGUAUGCGAUAGAAAAAUGGAAAAACUUUGCGUCGACAAUGUCUGCGAGAAUCCAUGCGCGCGAUACGCUCCUCAUCUAAUGGUAUGCGACUGCCCAUCCAUUGAUCAAGACACUGGAUUCGCUUCAGAAGAUCGCUGUCAACUUUGUUGCUAUGAUUUCAAUUUGAAGCCAACAAACCGAAGAUGUCAAAAUGCGUAUCGAAAAUACAAAAUCAUGGACAUGUUCAAGAAGCCGAUAUGGCGUGUCGGACUAGAAUGCGCCGGCGGCAAAGUUUGCAACAAAUAUGGAGUCUGCUCAUCAUCCCACAUAUCCCAUGUCUUGCCAUUCUUACUUAUAUUGUUGGCAGUCAUAAUGCGUAUCUAA